AUGUCUUUAUCACCAACGCAAGAUUUACUCGAUCGAAUCGAUCGUUUACAUUUAAUGCUUGUCAGUGAAUUACCCACUCUAUCAUUAACGAAUUCACAACAUCCAACAUCAAUUCUUCCUCGAAUUACGAUAAACUCUGUUGAUCCUUUAUCAAUUACUAAUAUUGCAAAUAGUGUACGACCUGCUACGUUUAAAUCAGAAGCAAUUUUAAUCGAUGAACUUCAACAAUAUAUUCAAAAAAUGGAACGAGAACGAGAAAUACUUCUUCGAUCUUAUAGUAUUAUUCUUCAACUUUUAAAACAUGAUAAUACCGAUAAUGAAACAAAUUUAAUUGGUUCUGAUUAUCCUGAACUUUUAUAUAAUGAUUAA